AUAAUAGUCAAUUAUGAACCCUCAAUAUUUAUUUUUUCUCAACAUAUGGCCAACCUCAAGAACAAAAAAAAAACCGACAACAUUGAAAUUUUGUUGAUUAUUUGCCUGUACAUUUUGCAUACUACAUAUAUUAUUAGAAUUAAUUGCCGAUUUUGAUAUGAGAGAUAUAAGUGAUUUGUCACCAUCCAAUUCAUAUGUGACUUAAGUAGUUAAGUAUAGAGUUUGAUAUUUUUCUUCUUAUAAUUCUCCACCAUGACAUAUUGACAUUUUCAUGGGUGAAUUAUAUGAUUGGUCACUCGAUUUAUCCAUUUAUUUCAUGUGUGUCACCUAAACAAGCCCGUUUGAUCGAGACCAAGCAACCGGUCGAGUGGUUGUUGCAAUGCCGAUUUAUAUUUUUUCCUUUGCCCGCUAACUCAAAGGAAAACAAACAGGGUUAAAACACUGCAUGUUAGCCUGUGAUGAUGUAUGUUGAUUUUGUUUCGUUCCUUUGAACAAAGCAUAUUGGUUUACCAAGAGCCUCUAAAGGCAAUAUUGAAGCAUGAGGUUAUGUGUUAGAAACAUUGGGGGGUUUUGGGAUUUAUUUAGAGAUUUGGUUAAUUCGGGAUUUUGGCCCUAUUUAUUCAUUUUUGGAAUUUUAGGCAUUAUUGACCUAUUCGGGUUAGGAGUUAUUCUUUGGAUAGCAAAGGAUAAUUCUUUUGAGUUUAUCUUCUGUAAAAAGAGGAAUAUUUUCAUUAAGAAAAUUAUUAUCAAGAAAAACCUAAGCCUAUCUCCUCUAAUUUCCUCUCGCCGCACGUCUGAUUCUUUUCCCUUCUUCCGAAGAGAGCCGAAAACUCCUUCUUCCUAUUCUCCUUUUCCUUUUUCUGAUCUUCUCCCUCAAACCCCAACUCCUUUCCCAUUUCAAUUCUUUUCCAUCCCAAAUCAACACCGAAGAACAAGAUCAAGCAAUCUUGUUUCUAAUAGUGGUAUCAGAGCCUGGUUGCAAGAUCGAGUUUAUCACAACUCCAGGAACGAUUCGAAGAAAUUCAAUGGUGCAAACCAAGUUACAAACCGCAGCUGAAAAGGCUGCAGAGAAGGAAGCCCAGGAGAAGGCGGUGCAGGGGGCUGGUCCUACACCGCGGGAAUGCGAGGUCGAAGAUAUGACGGACAUGGACGCGCUGAAGGAAGAACAACGGAAGCUGGCCGCAGAGAACUCGAAGCCGUGGGAAGGGUUUGCCAAGAUGAACGCAACGCUUGAGGAGAUCUAGAUAACGCAACAACGAAUGCUCGCUGCGUUAGGUCUUAUGGAGGCACCGACGAAGGCGUAAUCGAUUGUUGACGGAGAACGCAACGCCGUGGGUGGCGGAGACACGGCCGAAGCUGUGGCGACCACAACAGUGGGGAGUGCGGGCCAAGGUUCUAGCGGUUCCAAUGCAGCUGCAGGCCUGUUGCCGACUUCGAUGGUCGAAGAGGUAGCGGCAAUCCGGGCCAAGGCCAAGAUGUCGGACUACGAUUCAGCGUGCUUGGAAGAUGACAUGAGUCGUCUGGGCCCGCAACUCAAUCGUGAGAGGGAUCCAACCGAGUGAAGCGAAACCGGUCAAACUGGUAUGGGUUUGAUCGAGGUCUGGCCAUGCCAAAUAGACCCGAACCGGUCAAGGGUGACUAGGACAACAGCUAGUAGUGGGGCAGAUGGGGGUCAAAAUGAACCCUGGAAUAGAGGCAGGGGUGUUUA